AUUUUUUUUUAAAAAAAUGUGAUUCUCUAGUCGUAUUUAAAAAAAAUCUUAUUUUUGUAAACAUGAGCCGAAUUCUCACAUACCUAUUUUUAUUAAUAUGCUUCUUGAUGUCCAGCUUGCUGAGUAUAUAUUGGCACUUAUAUUCCCCCCAUAUUAAUGCGCCCACCACGCCCCGCCAAAUAAUCAAUGUUAAACAACCCAUCGCGGCGUCAUCUAGUCAACACCUUUCUCCGUGUCCCGUUGUAACAUUCGACGAUCCUCUACUCUUGAGGGCUGCGGCGCUGUCCCAUAAUUUUUCCAUCGCGCUACCUUCUCAACCGAAAGCGGAGCAAAUAAUUCAGGAAUUUCUGAUAAGAAUCGACUCCGAUAUACAGGCCAUGCUGAUAGCCAAGAUGCGGCUCUGGAAAAGGCUAAGUCUCUCUUUUGCGACGGCAGCCAAAUCUGACCCGCUAAAUUACGGAAGUAAAAAUUGGGACAUAACGGACGAGAACUUCAAAACCUUGGAGAAGUCCUUGGGGUUUAAUAACGAUUUGCAUUCACUUUCCAGCUUAACUUCGCUUCCCAUCGAUGAUCUGUCUCCACUUCCGGUGAUUUUUAUCGUCACGUCUACCAUACAAAAGCCGCAACAGAAGGCCGACCUGAUUCGCCUGAGCCAAACCCUCAUGUUGGUCCCCUUUUGCCAUUGGAUAGUCGUGGAGGAUGGAACGGAAAAAAGGCAAGCCAUCAAGAAUCUAUUACAGCUUUCCGGUAUCUCUCAUACCCAUCUGUUCGCCGAAACGCCCGUUAAAAUAAAGGAAGGUCUCAAGAUCCAGCCCUACAGACCCAGAGGUUCUGUCCAACGGAACCAGGGUAUCUAUUGGCUCAGGGAGGUAUGGUACCGCCUUCGAACCUACGUUCUCAAUACACCCUCGGCGCAACUAUUGGACCAUCUCCCUCGAGAAGAAAUACUGGGAAAGGGGGCGGAAGGCGUCGCCGAGUUCGUUUUAACGCGCCUGCGCCAAAAGGUUUUGAGCGAUAACAGGAAAAUCAAUGACAGGGUAGAAGACAUGCUGAGGACCGUGCUUUUGGGAAGUCCGGAUGUCGUCGUAACAGCCAAUGAAACUGGGGAAAUGGGGAGGAAGUUAUUGGUCACGGAUGUGAAUGACGAGAUGCAGAAGGAUAGAGAAGGCAAAGUCAGGAAUAAUAAUAAUUAUAUAACGACGACGAAAGAGUCGGAUAAAAUAAAUACGGAAGGAAGGCGGCUCGUCGAAGAACCCGACGACGAAAGUUUCAGUACGGGCGUCGUGUAUUUUGCCGACGACGAUAAUUCGUACCAUUUGCAGAUUUUCGAAGAGAUGCGCUAUAUUAAACGGGUUGGCGUGUGGCCAGUCGGUCUCGUGGGAGGUCUUUACGUAGAGCGACCUUUGGUGGAUCCCAGAACGGGUCGAAUUUCGAAAUUUCAGGUUUUUUUCGGUCCUAAUCGGCCUUUUCCUUUGGACAUGGCAGGUUUUGCUGUAAACACGGAUCUGUUGCUAAGCGUACCCGAAGCCGAAUUCAAGGUGGAAACUAAUGUAGGACUCGUAGAGACGUCCUUAUUGAAACACCUCGUGACCAGAGAUCAGCUGGAACCUUUAGCCGACAAUUGUACCAAGGUUUACGUUUGGCACACUAAAACCCAAACGCCGGAGUUGCAAUACGAAAAGUCCUAUCAAAAAUACAAGAACGCGCCAUCGAAUUUAGGAAUCGAAGUGUAAAAAAUUGUUUAAAAAAAAAUAAAUAAAAUAAGUGACACCUUAAUAGCUCGUGCCCAGCCCCAAUUUACCCCGCACUUAAAAAA